UUCAGCUCAUGAAACAUUCUGUUCAGUAUAGUUAUAUUUGUAAAUUUAGUGUACAGGAAUUUGAUUAUUAGUAAUAGAAUAUAAACCUUUAAUCUAGUACUCGCGCCCAUCCCUAAUAGACAUCAAUUGCACAUCACACAGAUUGGCCAACUCCUAUUGGUGUUAGUCUACUUGUUGAUAGACAAAAUUACAGACCCAUGUAACUGCACUGUGCAUUGACCAAAGUCGAUUAUCAAAAUCUCAUCGACAUCCAUUCCUUUGGAAAUAAUGAUAGUAUGAUCUGGUUAAAGGAAAACCACAAAGAAAGUUGUGUUUUCUGACCAUGACAUGAGACUAUAUGUAGGCUAACACAUACAAUGAUCAGAACUGCAUUUCAUUUUGUAACUGCUUUAUAAACACGUUUGUAACUGUUUUCAGGUCGAGUUACAGGACCCAGGAUUAUGCCAACUCCUGGACAACAAAAAAAAACAGAUCAAGUUUUGAAUAUACCCUUAACAUCUGUGGUAAUCAGGUUUAGGCUCAAUUUGAAUUGAGGCAGUCAAUUUAGAAGUAAACUGAAAUUCCAAUUCAAUGAUUGAAAAAGGGAAUCUAUUUUCCACUACUUCUCAAUAAACUGAACAGGAGAAGCUAUUUAUGUCAAAAGUUGUCAAAUGUUCUGAUUUUAAAUUCAAUUCACUUCCUGAAUUGACUGACUUCAAUUGCAACAAGCCAGAGUAAUCGAUUUCUUGUAAAUUAAUACAAAUAUUGUGUCAACUGCCAGAGACAACUUAAUUACAGAGGGGAAGCACCAGAGUAUGAAAUCGGACAUGACCCAUUGAUUGCAUUACAAGAGUAAAAAAACUAUAGAUCUGAAAGAGUUGUAGCACAGUCCCAUAGCGUUAUGUUGUUUGGGGGGGGAUACCAGAACCAGUAACUGAUUUCAAAAGAAACUCCCAUCACAUUGCCUAUAUAUACCAUGAUCAAACAUCAGAUGAACUGCACCAAACAUCUCUCACGGGGGCUAUGGCGUCUCCAACAACCUAUAGAAUCUACAGACGGUAGACAAGAGUGAACCUAAUAAGUAGGCCAUCUGUCCAGUACAACACCUUUCCAUGCUUCACUCUUAUAUUCCUGGCUAUACAUUCAAGCCAUACUGCACUGUUCAAAUUUAAGUUCAGCUAGUCCUUUAGGAAAAGCCAAAUAUCUUUUUAACCAAGUAAUUCCACUGUUUCUUUUUAAUUAAGGACAUUAUUUAACUAACCUAGAACCCUGAAUCAAUAAAUGGCAAGCAUGAAUAGGCUGAAACAAUUGCUGUGUGGCUAUGAUUUAUCUUGUACUGUAUUGGUAGAACUCUGAUUAUUGAUUUUAACUCGCUGACCAGAAUCUGGCACUGGCAGCUGUCUCAACUGUUCAGUCAUACGUGGUGUAUUGUCGGCACUGGCAACCCUGGUAAAAUUUGGGUCACAGAAGUUCAGGUGAUGCGCAUCGACAGAUGUGGAGGGGGCACAACAUUUUUUUUUCUUUUUUUAAAAGCUCUUUGGUGGCCUCAUCGCGGCUGGAUGACCCGUGGGGGUUCAAAUCACCAGCAGUCUGUCCAUGCUGCUGCAAGGUAAAUGGAAAUGACUCUCUCAUUGAUUUCUCUCAUUGUUUAUAAGUUAAAUCACCGAGGGGAAUGGCUUUAUUUUUGGCAAAACAGGACUACUGAAAGGAGCAAGAGAGGCAAAUAAUAAACAUGAUAAUCGAUGGCUUGCUUAUUCGUACAUUUUGAUAUCUACUUUACAAAUAUGUGAUGCUCCAUAUUCAUGAUACAUUUACAUCUGUCUUCGAUGUACAUUUCUUUUUUUCCCCCUGAUAAAGGUAUGUUUCAAUUCAUUAUUUAUAUGUCAAUGACUUAACCAAGUUUAGUUUUAAAUUGUAUUUAUUGAUAUGAAAGGACUGAUGCAUUAUUUUAAUUGGUAAAGCAACCUUUGUGGGAUUAAAAUAGUCUCUGGAAUAAUAUAUUUUUCAUAGAGUAUUUGUUAAUGAAAGAGAUUUUAAAACAAACUGCAUAGAAAAUAACAUUUACAUGUCAUUUUUUACGAUAUUUUUGAAGAUGCUAGUGUAAGAAAGUGCAGUUGCUAAUUGUUACACACCAAAUUGUGGCUUGAAAGUUAGCUGAAUGGUUUAUAUAUAGAUAUUAAUAUGAAUAAAUGUUGUAUUUCACACAAAAAAACAAUGCUUUUGCUCAUUAUUGGGGAGGAAUACCCCUUUAUGUCCAAUUAGAAUUUCUGAGUAAUAUUUCUGUCCAUUGAGGGGCCUUGGGCUCAAUACCCAUCCAAAAAGGCAAAAGUUCCAUAUAGCCUCUUUAAAUGACAAAAUUGCCUCGAUCCUCUCUCUGCCUCCUACUCAGACACAACGAUGCCCGUGUAAAGAUGGGUGAUUGGAAUUUCCUAGGGGGGAUAUUGGAGGAGGUGCAUAUCCACUCCACUAUGGUGGGAAAGAUCUGGCUCACCAUCCUAUUCAUCUUCCGCAUGCUGGUGUUGGGUGUGGCGGCCGAGGACGUGUGGAACGAUGAGCAGGCCGACUUCAUCUGCAACACGGAGCAGCCCGGGUGCCGGAACGUCUGCUACGACCUGGCUUUCCCCAUCUCCCUCAUCCGCUUCUGGGUCCUUCAGGUCAUCUUUGUCUCAUCGCCCUCGCUGGUGUACAUGGGCCAUGCUCUCUACCGCCUCCGAGCCCUGGAGAAGGAGCGGCAGAAAAAGAAGGUCCUGCUGCGUCGCGAGCUAGAGCUGGUGGACGUGGASAUGGUGGCGGCUCGGAAAACGAUUGAGCGAGAGGUGAGGCAGCUGGAGCAAGGYAAGCUCAACAAGGCUCCGCUGUCGGGGUCCCUGCUGCGCACCUACGUGGCCCACAUCAUUACCCGCUCCGCCGUGGAGGUAGGCUUUAUAACGGGCCAGUACAUCCUCUAUGGCUUCCAGCUCUCCCCUCUCUUCAAGUGCGAGCGUGAGCCUUGCCCCAACGCGGUGGACUGCUUCGUYUCCCGGCCYACAGAGAAGAGUGUCUUCAUGGUCUUUAUGCAAUGCAUCGCUGUAGUCUCCCUCUUCCUAAACAUCUUGGAGAUCAUGCACCUGGGCUACAAGAAGGUCAAGAAGGGCAUCCUGGACUACUAUCCACACCUGCAAGACGAGCUUGACGACUUCUACUCAAGCAAAGCCAAGAAAGACUCUGUGGUGCAUCAGACAGGCAUUGCUUCCUCCGGCUGCAAGCCCACCAUGGCCUCCGCGCCCAGUGGCUACAACCUCCUACUGGAGCGGGCCCAGGASGGUCACACCUACCCYYCCCUUAUCAACCCMUCUGCCUUCCUCCCUGUUCAGGGYGAACUGGCUGGUAAACRGAGYGYGGAAGAACUCAAARAUGCUGCACAUARCCYGACGGAGCACAACUCCAACUCCAAUAACACCAGCAGUGACAGCCGCUCACCGCCCUGCGACUCAGUGACCCCGCCAAAGCAGGAGGAGCCAGAGGAGUCUGCACACCUUCCCCCUCACAGCGAGGAAGAGAAGAGGGGGAGCCCAGACUCUCCCAGGCGCCCAAGGGACGCAUCUCACGCCUCCUCCUGCCCGACAUUGCUAGUAGGCGCCGGAAGGAAAACAUGGAGGGUCAACGCUCCCUCAAAUUGUUCCACAGUGGUGGAGGGCAAAAGCUCAGACACAGAUUCUUAUGGGGGUGCUAAGGCCAGUGGUGGGUACCAAGCCCGGACUGCAUCGAAAUCAGAACCCAAAAUGCGUCCCUCCACCCCAGACUCACUGGGGGACUCAAGUUCAGGGUCACAGCACAGUCCGAGACCACCCUCUUCCAAUCGCCGACCAUCAUCCACAAGCAACGCAAGUAGUAGGCGAGCCCCUACAGACCUACAAGUCUGAAUGCUAAGAGUAAAACCUUAUCUUUUGUCCCUCAUCAGACAAAAAAAAUACUUUAUUUCAAACACAGGGAUCAGAAGAACAUGACACGAGUUGUGACAUUGUGCGAACUGCUUCGGAGGGAGAUCUGUUGCAGUAGUCUAGCAAAAUGUAUAGAUGUGUUUUAUAAGAUGUCUCCUCUCUUUCUGUUUAUUGCUUACUGUACUGUUGAUCUCUAUGUGGUAGUUUAUUUUUGUAUUCACCAGCUUCAAAGCCUCUGUCAUACUUUGUGAUGACGUAAGACACAGUAGAUCAAACAUUGGGUGUGGGGACUAGCUAUUGGGAAUAUUGACCUGCUUUUAAAAGUGUUGUGGCUAAGAGAGAAAAACACUGGAACAGUACAGAUCACACAGCAGUGACACCGUUAAAUGCUUUUUGUAGGUUUCAGUUCAUUUUAAACACCAUUGUUUAGAGAGAAACCAUGAAAAUAUGUCCCCAUGGCAGCCCAAUUCAGAAUUUUUGCUUCCUUAAUUGGUCUUUUGACCAAUCAGAUCAGCUCUGAAAAAUAUCCGAUCUGAUUGAUCAAAAGACCAAUUAGUGGAAAAAGAUCAGAAUUGGGCUGCCUGUCUAAACGCAGCCAAAGUAGCUUAUUGACCACUGAAAAUAGAGUAUGUAGACUAAAUGAUGUAUUUGUAUAUUGCAUGAAAGAAUGACAUAAUUUCAUAUUUAUAAAAGCGUAUAUCUUGCAUUAACUACUGUAUGUCCAUACUAUCGUCGUAAAACCAUGUAUGACGGUUACAAAUGGCCCUCCACGUUCUUUUAGGCACAGCUUUUCUGUUAAGGGUUGUGGGGUAUUUCAGUUUCUUAUGCAUUUCAAGUAACGCCA